CAGUCCUCAUGGGAAAUAUAACCAAGAGAAGCAGCAGGGAGCUGGCGACAGAAGCUCCCAAGUUGCCGGAAGAGGGCACGCCGGAAGCACUUCACCACAAGCUGUAUGAGGCCAUCAUGAGAGAGGACUGCAUCUCCAUCCACAGCCUCCUCAGAAGCCACCCCGUCGACCAGCCCAUGACCAUUCUGGCCAACUCCACCGGCUACCGGCUGGUUCUGAGCCAGCAGGUGCAGUCCAUCAUCCCCAUUCACCUGGCUGCAGAGUACCGCAAGGCGCAGAGUCUGCUGUGCUUGCUGGAACAUGGCGCUGACCCGGAAGUCAGGGACACAAGAGGCCUGACCACCCUACACCUGAUGCUUCUGCACUGGCCCAUCACCUCCACCACAUGGACAAAGCCCGGGAACAGAAUCCAGAGGAUCCUGGCGGACAUCCAGAACAACGCGGUCACGUGCCUCCGUAUGCUGUGCGAGCACGGCGCGCAGGUCAACGCUCGCGUGGACAACAGCAACAAGCACUCACCCCUGCACCUGGCCAUCACCUACGGCACCUAUCCCGUCCUCUCCAUCCUGGCGCAGAGCGGCGCCCACGUCAAUGCGCUCAAUGAGUCCAGCAUGACGCCCCUGCACAUGGCGGCGGACGUCCUGAAUGAGGAGAUGAUGGAGACACUGCUUGCCUGUGGGGCCGACAUCAACUGCACUGUGGUGACCACAGGGAACACAGCGCUGAAGCUGGCCGUGCGUGCCGCAUCCAGCAAGGCCGGCCGCCUGCUGGUGGCCGGGGUCAGCUGCAUCCGGGUGCUGCUGGCGCACGGCGCCCACGUGAAUGCCCAGGACCAUGAGGGCCAGACAGCCAUCCACGAGGCAUGCUUCGGAGGCAGGGAGUCCAUCAUCGACCUCCUGCUGGAGUCUGAGGCCAGUGUCAACAUCCUGACCAGGAAUGGGGAGUCCCCCGUGUACAUGUUCCUGCAGCGCAGCGCCAAUGUCCGCGACACGGCGCUCCUGGCACGGCUGCUGCAGCGCUCCUACCCGCUGAGGCUGACCAACAGCCAGGGGCUGCUGCCCACAGGGAUCCUGCUCCCUGAGUUCCACCUCCUGAGGGAAUCCCUGAUCGAGUUCUCUCAAAAACCCUUGCCCCUAGAGGAUAUCUGCAAGAGAAACGUCAGGAAUUUCUACGGGGAGAAGUACAAGCAACGCUUGAAGCAGCUUCUUCCAGUGAAGAUCUGGAACUCUGUGUACAGCUGCUGUGACCUGGCCCACCUCUUGAAAUGAGUCCUGGAAGCCACCCAGGGCGACACGGAACACCACCAACGCAAACCUGCAAACCACACCAUCGGCUUACACAUGCCCAGAAAGUCCAUGACCCUCCCCCUCUUAGUACCUCGACGUAUAAGCUGUUGGUUCUUCAUCCUUUUGUCAAAAAUAAAAUCA